AUGGCAGAGAUGGUUGAUUUGAAUAGCCUCAACGAGGUUCUCACUUUGCCGUUUCCAGCCCAGACUAAGCAAGUUGCCGGGACGAUCAAUGGCGUGCCGACAGAUGUUCUUUCCAUGGGAUUCAGCGAUAGAAUUCUGGUCACCAUAUCGCAACACGGCAGGUUAGCUCAUUGGCUCCAUGUGCCUCUUGAGAACAACAAUCCAGGGACUGAUGGAUUCCACACAAUCUCCAACGGAGACACAGACGAUAGUCUGCUCCCACUUUCUGCCUUGACUGCCACUUCUAUCCUGGGGGGACAUGCCCCUGGACAUGAAACUACCAAUCAACUUCUUGCGCGCCAAAUUGGUAGUGCUAUUGCGACUAAGACUCCAAAUGAAAAAAGGACACUCGUCGUGGGACUGGGUCUUAAUGCGUCUCAGAUUGACCGGGACGAUUUUUUCGCUAUUGUCGAUCUGGUGUUGCAAUGCAUUUGA